AUGCAUGAUGAUGAUGAUGAUGAUGAUGAUGAUGAUCAUGAUGAUGAUGAUCAUGAUGAUGAUGAUCAUGAUGAUGAUGAUCAUGAUGAUGAUGAUCAUGAUGAUGAUGAUCAUGAUGAUGAUGAUCAUGAUGAUGAUGAUCAUGAUGAUGAUGAUCAUGAUGAUGAUGAUCAUGAUGAUGAUGAUCAUGAUGAUGAUGAUCAUGAUGAUGAUGAUCAUGAUGAUGAUGAUCAUGAUGAUGAUGAUCAUGAUCAUGAUGAUGAUGAUCAUGAUGAUGAUGAUCAUGAUGAUGAUGAUGAUGAUCAUGAUGAUGAUGAUCAUGAUGAUGAUGAUCAUGAUGAUGAUGAUCAUGAUGAUGAUGAUCAUGAUGAUGAUGAUCAUGAUGAUGAUGAUCAUGAUGAUGAUGAUCAUGAUGAUGAUGAUCAUGAUCAUGAUGAUGAUCAUGAUCAUGAUGAUGAUCAUGAUCAUGAUGAUGAUCAUGAUCAUGAUGAUGAUCAUGAUCAUGAUCAUGAUGAUGAUGAUGAUGAUGAUGAUGAUGAUGAUCAUGAUCAUGAUGAUGAUGAUGAUCAUGAUCAUGAUCAUGAUGAUGAUCAUGAUCAUGAUCAUGAUCAUGAUCAUGAUCAUGAUCAUGAUGAUGAUGAUUCACGGCCAGGACAGGAUUCGGAUUUGAGUGGCAUCUCAUCAGGUGGAGACGAGUUUGUUCCUUCUCCUUCAAAUGUUCAGCAGGCAGACGACUCGUCUGAUGAUGAUUUGAGUGCUGAAGAAGUUCCUGAAGAGCGCAGGAGUUCACACAGUGUCACAGAAGGUGUCAAGACCACUGCUUUUUCGGAGAUCAAAUUUUGUUCAGAAGUUUCAGCCACCAAACAUUAA